CCACAUCCAUCUUCCACACAAUAUUGAAACCAUCAUCAUGAGGGAAACUUUCCAUGCUAUGCUUGUUCUAGUGGCUAUAUUGUUCUUUGGAGUUGCAAAGUUCUGUUCCGGUCGGAACACAAGCUUCAAUUGUAUAGAGGGAGAGAGAGAAGCCCUCUUGAAGUUCAAACUUUGUUUCAAUGAUUUAUCUGAUAUGUUGUCUUCUUGGAAAGGCAAUGACUGUUGUGAAUGGAGAGGAGUAGGCUGUGACAAAAAUAGAGGACAUGUUGUCUCACUUCAACUCAGGGGAUCCAUAUUUGAUCAACCUCAAUUGAACUUGAUUGAUGAUGUACAGGAGGCUGUUUCAAGUUUGCUCAAGCUGAGAUACUUGGAACACUUGGACUUGAGCGGAAAUGACGUCAACAGUAGCCUUAUUCCACCCUCUUUUGGUUUGAUGAAGCAGCUAAGGCACUUAAAUCUCUCUUUUAUGAACUUCAAAGGAAGAAUUCCAGGUGAACUUGGAAAUCUUACGAGGCUUCGUGUUCUUGAUCUUGCUGACUAUUAUGGUGGAGCGUUGAAGGUUGAUGAUGACAUUCUGUGGAUUUCUCAUCUCUCCUCUGUGCAGCAACUUGAUAUGAGUGGAAUAAAUCUAAGCUAUGCCUCAUCAAACUUGUUCCAGUUAGAGAGUAUAGAUCUUUCUGGCAAUCAAUUGAGUGACAGUAUUCCAAAUAGCAUCGGGCAACUUUCUAAGUUAAGAAGCAUAUAUCUUUUUGGGAAUCAAUUGAGUGGGAAUAUUCCAGAUAGCAUUGGGCAACUUUCUAAGUUAGAGAGCAUAUAUCUUUCUGGCAAUCAAUUGAGUGGGAGUAUUCCAGAUAGCAUCGGGCAACUUUCCAAGUUAGAGAGCAUAUACCUUUCUAGCAAUCAAUUGAGUGGGAGUAUUCCAGAUAGCAUCGGGCAACUUUCCAAGUUGGAGAGCAUAGACCUUUCUGGCAAUCACUUGAGUGGGAGUAUUCCAGAUAGCAUCAGGCAACUUUCCAAGUUAGAGAGCAUAUACCUUUCUCGCAAUCAAUUGAAUGGGAGUAUUCCAGAUAGUAUUGAGCAACUUUCUAAGUUAGAGAUCAUUGAUCUUUCUCACAAUCAAUUAAGUGGGAGUAUUCCAAAUAGCAUCGGCCAACUUUCUAAGUUAAGGAGCAUAUAUCUUUCUAGCAAUCAAUUGAGUGGGAGUAUUCCAGAUAGCAUUAGGCAACUUUCUAAGUUAAGGAGCAUAUAUCUCUCUGGCAAUCAAUUGAGUGGCAGUAUUCCGGAUAGUAUCGGGCAACUUUCUAAGUUAGAGAUCAUAGAUCUUUCUGAUAAUCAAUUGAGUGGGAGUAUUCCAGAUGGUAUCAGGCAACUUUCUAACUUGGAGUAUUUGAGCUUUUCUUCAAAUAAAUUGAAUGGGGUACUUCCAAAUAGUAUCAGUAAACUUUCCAACUUAAAAGUCUUAUAUGUUGCAAAAAAUUCUUUGGAAGGUGUCAUUUCAGAAGCUCACUUUGCAAACCUAUUCAAGUUGAUAAGUUUAGACAUUGGGUUUAACAACUUGAAUUGUGAGAUGAAAUCUAACUGGAGACCUCCUUUCUACCUUGCAUUUAUCUACAUGGGAUCUUGUAAAUUUGGAACAGGAUUUCCUGAAUGGCUUCUAUUGCACAAGACAGCAAGCAUGGUUGAUCUCUCUAAUGCUAGCAUCUCAGGUCCUUUUCCAGAAAACAUCAGUCAUAUGCUGCCAGAGCUGCGGGGAUUAUUUCUUACAAACAACUUCAUGAAUGGUUCAAUUCCAAAGUCCUUGUGCAAUUCAAAAUCUUUGGUAUAUCUUGAUCUCUCAAACAAUAUGUUAUCCGGAAGUAUUCCUAAUUGUUGGAGAAAUGAUCAAUCAUUCAAUUUUAUUGAUCUAUCUUCUAACAAUCUUUCGGGUUUAUUUCCGAGCACAAUGGGGCAAUUUUCAUCUUUAUUUAUAUUACACUUGAACAACAAUAGUCUCCAUGGGGAACUACAUUUGGCCUUGAAAAACUUCACUUCUUUAUUGGUUUUGGAUUUGGGCGAAAACAAAUUUUCUGGAAAUUUAACAACCAUUGUAGAGGGCACGAUUAGCAACCAUGCUUUAAAAAUUCUCCGACUACGAAAAAAUUUGGUUUCUGGUUAUAUUCCUUUGGAACUAUGCUUCCUCUCUCAAUUGCAAAUUCUAGAUCUUGCAGAUAAUAAUCUGAUAGGAAGGAUUCCUCCUUGUUUUGGAAAGUUCCCAACUAUGGUGAAUGCAACACGAUUGAUUGGCAGCAUGGAUGCUAUAUAUUGGUCUCAGGGGGAUUUGAUGGAGGUUGUGAAAGGGAGAUACCUUGAGUAUAGAGGAAAAACCCUGGGACUCGAGAUCAAUAUAGAUCUUUCGAGUAACCAUCUAAUAGGAUCCAUACCAGAGGAGCUAAUUUUCCUUAAGGAUUUGCACAAUUUGAAUUUGUCUUGGAAUCAUCUCUCAGGAAAGAUCCCUGAGAAAAUUGGACAAAUGGAGAAUUUGGAAUCUCUUGAUUUCUCCCAAAAUGGCCUUUCAGGAACAAUCCCAAAAAGCUUGUCAAAAUUAACCAAGUUAAGUCACCUUAACUUGUCCUACAACAACUUGUCAGGGCCAAUUCCAAUAGGCUAUCAACUCCAAACUCUCGAAGAUCCAACCAUUUACAUUGGCAAUCCUCAACUUUGUGGAGCUCCACUCCUAAAUAAAUGCUCAAAUGAUGCGCAACCUCCAACAACCGCCAACUUUAAGGACAACAAUGAAGGUGCACUUAAAACAAUGUGGUUUUACUUUUUCGUGAUGUCAGGCUUUGCAACUGGAUUCUGGGGAGUUGUGAGAACUUUGAUUCUUAUGAAAAGUUGGAGACAUACUUAUUUUCAAUAAGUGAAUGAUAUCAAACACUGGAUCCUUAUGGUUAUAACAUUUAAGGUGGCGUGACUUAAGAAAAUGUUCAAUGGCAAACCAAAUGAUUAGUGAGUUAUACAUGAAGUAUGUUGUUGUUGCUACGUUUAUUAUUAAACUAGUUGAAUAACC